AUGGCCGUAUUGAAGAGCCCAGCAUAUAUGCGCAGCACGUCAGCCUAUACUCAAGAACAGCUCGACGCAUGGGAAGAGCAUGUCUCUCUCCCUACGCGCUUCCGCCGGGCUAAUCGGACGGCCGUGAUGCAUCUUGACAUUGAGUACCUCGCCGCCUUACACGUCUGCCAAAUCUCCAGUGUGCCUUACGAGAAUCUUCAGCUGCAUUACUCCACCUCCCAUGAUGUGUCGCUCGAUCCCCAGGACCUGUUCAAGAAGAUCGUGACCAACAAACGAGGUCGCGGCGGCUAUUGCAUGGAGAAUGGUAUUUUCUUCAACCAUGUGCUGAGAGGGAUGGGAUUCAGCGUCUAUACCGCGGGGGUGAAAAUUCGUCCUCGGCUUCGAGGCAAGCCAGAGGGAAAUUACAUUGGAUGGGUCCACAUGGUCAACAUCGUCACCAUAGAUCACGGCGUGAGGUGGUGCUGUGACGUUGGGUUUGGCGGAGACGGGCCUACAAAACCAUUGCACAUGUCUUCUGGUCAAGUCGUCCAGAACCUCGGUGCCCAACAAGUCCGCCUUAGAUAUGGUGAGAUAUCCGCCUAUCCACACUUCAUGGACCAGGACAGGAAGAUGUGGAUGUACGAAUACCGCAACUCGUUGGAGGACGAAUGGAAUGCCUUCUACGCCUUCACAGAUCUAGAGUUCACUGCUGCUGACUUCGAGGUCAUGAACCACUACACUAGUCACAGCUUGGCGCCUACGAAUCUGCAGACCAGAACAGUGUUGUGUAUUCGCUUUGUCUCAGUGCCGAUGAAAGGGAACGAGCCUGCACCUUCACUGGACGAGGCAGACGGGCUUGUCGUUACAGAGAAGAUUAUGAUGGUGAACGAUACGGUGAAGCGGAAUGAUGGGAAGGGAAAGACGUCACUGAUAACGGUUUGUCAUUCGGAGCAGGAGAGAAUUGACGCCCUUCAGAGGUUUUUCCACAUUACGUUGGAGACUGAGGAGAGACUGGGCAUUAGGGGUAGGGAAGUGGAGAUAUCAAAUGGGGAGAAGGGUGGGCUGAUUGUGCUGGAAAAGGAGCUGGAGUAG